AUGAAAAAAGUCAUUCUAUCUACGCCCAACAAAAAUUAUAGAAUGGUGCUCAAUGGAGUGAGGUGCAUUUCUAUUCUGGCAUUCACCGUAAACGGCUUAACUCUCAAAUGGGUUCUAGUUCAAGAAACUAUCAGAAGAGACACAAGGAUGACCGGCAAAAAAGAAAGGAGAAAAGAAAAACACGACGCACUGAAUCUGAAGACAGUGGGGAGGUUAGAUAUGGAUGGCGCUUGGCCUGAAUUCGAUGAAAGAGCAUGUAAAUUACAGGCGAAAAAAUCCUCUGAAGAAGAUCGUCCACCAGUUUUAUACGUUUGUGAGCCAACUAAAUGGACUAUCGCGGAUUCGGAAAUGACUGAUCCUAUCUAUGUGCGAGAUACAGACGUCUCUCAAUUUGUUCCAUUGCCUCAAGCUGAAUCGGAUUACCGCCCAUCCGCGGAUCCUCGCAUAGAAGAACACUUCAUCGGUGUGCGUUCUAGUGAAGAGGCAGGUGCUAUAGUCAAACCGGAUGAUUUUGUUUUAUACUACAAGAAAGAAGAGGAUGAUGACCUUGAUGUUGCAAUCCCUCUAUAUUUAGCACAUAGAAACACAAGAAAUAAGCUCUUUCACUUUCCUGUGGUAAGAUAUACCGAAGGCAAUGGUUCAAAAUGGUGGCACGUUCAAAUUGGCAACAAUAGCAAGACACAGUCGUUCCGUUCACUAUCCGAUCUCGUGCGAUGUUAUCAUCUGUAUCGCUUCACAGACGCUCGCACUGGACGUAUGGAAGUAUUCCCGUUGUGGAAAGGCGGCAUUCUUGAUGAUUAUCAAUAA